CGAUUUUUUUUAACCAUUGUUACUUCUACUUUCCAUUAAAUACAUUGGUAUUUAUUGAAUUUCAGCAUUAUAUUUAUUCUUCUACUAUUCAAUAAGUAUGUCUAAGAAAAAGGGAAAUAGAAAAAAUAAUGAUUUUGAUGAUGACUUAGACGAAAAGUCAGCAACAGCUGCUAGUCAUGAUAUAACCUCCAAGAGUAAAGGAAAGAAUAAAAAGAAAAGCAAAGGAGACUGGAGUGACAAUGAUGAAGAUGUCCCCAUGAAACAUCAUUCAGAGGAUGAAGAAGAUAUCAAACCAGCUGCGAAAAAAUCACAGAAAAAAGCUAAAAACAAGAAAAAGACUGGAGAAAUUUCGGAUGAGGAAGAUGAUAAUAAGUCUGUAAUCAGUAAUAGCACAAAUACAUCAAAAUCUGCAAGUACUGGAACUAAAGCUAGUAAAAAAAAGAAAGGUAAAGGUAAGAAGGAUGAUGACUGGUCAGGUGGAGGGAGUGACAUAGAGUUAAAAGAAGUAUCGGAAGAUGAAGUUGCAAAACCUGUAUCUAAAAAGAAAAAUAAAAAUAAAAAGAAAAAUACAACAGUUGAAUCUGAGGAAGAAGAUUAUGAUGAUUCCAAAUCAGUGGUCAGUAAUGUCUCAAGUAAUACUGCUAAACCUGCCACUAAGUCAAAGAUUAAGAAAGGUAAAGGGAAACAAGAUGAUUGGCCUGAUGAAGAUAGUGAUAAGGAACUAAAAAUACCACCAGAAGAUGAUGAUGAUGAUGAACUCCCUCAGCUUCCUGUUAAGAGUAAAGGUAAAAAUAAAAAAAAGAACAACAUAGAUGACAUUGAAGCAGAACUCAAGAAAUUUGAGAUUAAGGAAACUUCAGAAAUAGAAGAACAACCCAAAAAGGUCAAGGAUAAGAAAAAGAAAAGCAAAGUGGAGGAAGUAGUCGCGGCAGAUGUGCUUUCUGAUGAUGAGGCUUCAAAGGAAGUGGAUGAUAAGGUUACGGAAUUACCAGAUAAAGAAUUGAUUGAACCUGCAGAGAAGAAAUUGAGUCACAAAGAGAAGAAGAAGUUAAAAAAGCAGCAAGAGUAUGAAAAGCAAGUGGAAUUGUUGACUAAGAAGGGUGGUCAAGGACACAGUGAUCUGGAUGCUAACUUCACAGUCAGUCAGGCGCAGAAGACUGCAGGUCAGAUGGCAGCGCUAGAGAAUGCGGUGGAUAUUAAAGUGGAAAAUUUCUCCAUAAGUGCCAAAGGCAAAGAUUUGUUCGUGAACGCUAAUUUGUUGAUCGCUAACGGACGGCGGUACGGUCUAGUCGGACCUAACGGACACGGCAAGACGACGUUAUUACGACAUCUCGCUCAGCGCGCCUUCCCUCUCCCACCACAUAUAGAUAUACUAGUGUGCGAGCAGGAGGUAACGGCGAGUGAUAUAAGUGCUGUCGAGACGCUACUAGAGUCCGAUGUCAAGCGAACGGAGCUGUUGAAUGAAUGUAAGGAGUUGGAAACGGAAAUAGAAAAAGGAAAUCUUAGUAAACAAGAUAGGUUGAAUGAUGUGUAUGCGGAAUUAAAAGCUAUAGGUGCGGAUUCCGCUGAGCCACGCGCUCGACGAAUUCUUGCGGGUCUCGGUUUCAGCCGGGAGAUGCAGGACCGGCCCACUAAGAACUUCUCUGGUGGUUGGCGUAUGAGGGUAUCUCUCGCCAGAGCUCUGUAUAUAGAGCCAACGUUGCUGUUACUUGAUGAACCGACAAACCAUUUAGAUCUCAAUGCCGUAAUUUGGUUAGACAAUUAUCUCCAAGGUUGGAAGAAAACGCUUCUAGUGGUAUCUCACGACCAGUCAUUUUUAGACAAUGUUUGUAAUGAAAUAAUUCACUUAGAUCAACAAAAGUUGUAUUAUUAUAAGGGUAAUUAUUCAAUGUUCAAGAAAAUGUACGCACAGAAAAGGAAAGAAAUGAUAAAGGAGUACGAAAAACAGGAGAAGAGACUGAAAGACUUAAAGGCACAUGGACAGUCGAAGAAACAAGCCGAGAAAAAACAGAAGGACGCCCUGACCCGCAAACAGGAAAAGAAUCGUAGUAAAGCACAGCGCGAGGAGGCUGAGGAUUCAGCGGCACCGGUGACACUACUGCAGCGGCCCAAAGAGUACAUCGUCAAGUUUAGUUUCCCGGACCCACCACCACUGCAGCCACCAAUACUUGGCUUACACAAUGUGGAUUUCAAUUUCGAUGGUCAGAAGCCUCUGUUGAAGGAUGUAGAUUUUGGAAUAGAUCUGAAAUCUCGUGUAGCCAUCGUCGGUCCCAAUGGUGUUGGCAAAUCUACCUUCCUGAAAUUACUUGUAGGCGAGCUUAGUCCAAUCCAUGGUGAAUUAAUUAGGAAUCAUAGAUUGAGGAUAGGUCGCUUCGACCAGCAUUCGGGUGAGCACUUAACAGCGGAAGAGUCCCCAGCAGAAUACCUCCAGCGGUUAUUCGGCCUUCAAUAUGAGAAGGCGCGCAAGGCUCUAGGCACGUUUGGGCUGGCCAGCCAUGCGCAUACCAUUAAGAUGAAGGAUCUCAGCGGAGGUCAGAAGGCUCGGGUCGCUUUGGCGGAGCUUACUUUAAUGGCGCCUGAUGUUGUUAUAUUGGAUGAACCGACGAAUAAUUUGGACAUCGAGAGUAUAGAUGCAUUAGCGGAGGCUAUCAAUCUGUAUAAAGGUGGUGUGGUAAUAGUGUCCCACGACGAGCGUCUUAUUCGGGAGACUAAUUGCGCUCUUUAUGUCAUUGAGGACCAGACAAUCAACGAGGUCGAUGGCGACUUCGAUGACUACCGCAAAGAACUACUGGAGAGUCUCGGCGAAACCAUUAACUCGCCAUCAAUUAUCGCCAAUGCCGCUGUGCAACAGUAGACUUCGUGUAUAUAGAGCCCGUACAAUGAAAACUCUUUCGAAAACUGUCAAUCAGUGCGGUGCUAUUUUUAUGGGAAUACAAUUUCCCUUUCUUCUCAAUUCAACUGUGUUUUUUAUAAGUAUACAGUAGGAUAUCAACACCAAUAGUGAACUGGUUUAAAAAACUUCUCAGUCAAAGGGAUUUGUUCGUAUAGAGAUGGAAAUUCAUACUAUGUAGUUUAAAAAAAAUCUCAAAUAAACCCUACAAUACUAAAUGCACCUCUCAUCGGUAUUCCGCCCCAUUUAAACAGGUAUAGAAGUUACGACGGACUGAAAAAGUAAAAUAUAAACCUGAUUGAUUUUUAUAAUGUUCUAGAUGAAUGUCAUAAAAAUCAAACAGGUUUAUUUUGCUUUAAAAAACAAAAUCUCAAGACUAGGGACUUGGAAAAUUCAUGUUUUAUGUACACUGUAUCUGAAAAAGUAUAUAAUACUUAAUUAUUAACUGUAAACAUACAUACCUACUGAUUAUAUAUAUAUAUACCUACUGAAAUUAUUUCAGAAACGCUUACAAAAAAUAUGUCAGUUUCCGGAAGGGUUUCCGUUGUCCUUCGAAUGUUCACAAAUAUAAUUCCAGAAGUAUGUACUUUACCAUCAACACUAUAGUAUUUCAAUAUUAUAUAAUAGUAGACAGUUUUAUUUUAUUGAAUAUUUUAAUUUUAAUAGCUAAUAAAAAUAUGAAUAAAUUACAACAGAGAAUAAUUAUAUCAUUAUUCUCUAAUUAAUAAUCAUUCAAUAAUUAAUAUUUGUAUCUUUGAACUUCAAUAUUUUAUCAUCACUUUGUCAU